AUGGAUUCAUCCACCAGAACCCUCUGUGUCCGAGUUUCGCCAUCUGCGCACGAGCAAACUCCAUUGGAUGAGAGGGCAAGACAACUGAAUAAAGAUAUGACAGCACUUCUGGUUCAAAGUUUCAGACCAAUAUCCAAAUUAGAUAAGGGGCUGAGACCGGAAGAACUGAAGAGUAGUUGCGACAAGGCAACAAAAACAGCGCCACUCGCAAAUCGAACAACACCUAAAGAGUCUGAGGAGUAUACAAUCGGCUGGAUCUGUGCUUUAUCCCUCGAAAUGGCAGCAGCAAGUGCGAUGCUCGACGAAAUACAUGAGACCCUGCCCACUCCCUCGAAUGACUAUAACAAUUAUACAUUAGGGAAAAUUGGAUCCCAUAACAUCGUGAUCGCUUGUCUUCCCAUUGGAGUAUAUGGAACAACUUCUGCGGCAACCGUGGCCACUCAAAUGCUAGCCACGUUUCCAUCAAUACGAUUCAGCUUGAUGGUAGGAAUUGGCGGUGGCGUUCCUAGCAGUACAGCCGAUAUUCGACUAGGAGAUGUUGUUGUUAGCAAGCCAAACGGGAGGCUAGGGGGAGUGGUGCAAUAUGACUAUGGCAAAACCGUCGCGAAUGGUAUAUUCGAACAGACUGGUGCCCUAAAUAAACCCCCACAGGCUCUCUUGACAACAGUCGCAAAGAUGCAAGCCGAACACAUGAUGCGUGGUGAUAAAAUUUUUAAAUACCUUUCCCAAAUGGUAACUGCGUAUCCGCGAAUGCAGAACUUUACCUACCCUGGCCAGGAACGAGAUUACCUUUUCCGAGCUGAUUACGAUCAUGAAGGACCAAAUCCUACCUGUAAAAACUGUGACCCAGCCCAGACUGUGGACCGCAAGGUUCGAAUGCAAAGCACUCCGGUAGUUCAUUACGGUACAAUUGCGUCCGGAAAUCAAGUUAUAAAGCAUGGCCAAACCCGGGACAGGAUUGCUCAACAACAGGGAAUCUUAUGCUUCGAGAUGGAGGCAGCCGGUCUAAUGGAUAAUUUUCCAUGUCUAGUCAUUCGUGGAAUUUGCGACUAUGCUGAUUCUCACAAGAACAAUGACUGGCAAGAGUAUGCUGCAGCCACCGCUGCCGCAUACGCUAAAGAGUUUAUCUCCAUGACACCUGCUAGACAGGUUGAGAUCACACCAACGGCCGUAGAGGCAUAA